UAGUAGAAGUUGUUUGGUGGAGAAGUGCCGUGCACGGACCUCUGACACUGGAAACCUUCCGCUCUGUAAAUUAGCGCAUACUUUUUUGUUUUGAAGUUUAGUUUAAAGGCUUCCAUAUGAACGAUGGACGGAUUUUACCAGUACCCUGUUUUCUUUGGGUGUCAAAAGGAUCUCAGAGAGCAGACGAAGAAAGUGGAAAAACAUUUCCGUGUUCGAAGGCGAUCAGGCGGAGGAGACUGCGGACCUCUGACAACUGUGGCUGAAAACGUCUACAGCAUAACUUUCAGAAAUCAGGAAGAUCAGCAGGAAGUACUUAGGAGAACCGAGCAUGUUUUGGAGCUCACAGAUGGUCCUCUAGUGGUGACUGUCCGGGACAGCCUGGAGCCUCCCACCUCCACCCACACCACUAACUCCACACCUGCAGCAGAGAACCCGCAAUCCACUCCUGCUUCACCUGCUCCUCCAAGUGGUGAAGAGGAUGAACUACAACUUGAUAAUUAUGUGUCUUUUUACAUGAAGGAAAGUGAAAACACAGAGACAGACCUGAACAAAGACUUCACCUCUGUGUGCUGUUCUCAGCCUCACCCAGCAGAAGGGAACGCUUUAGCCAUGAGCCAAACUCAGCCUGGCGCUGUAGCUGAAGUUAGUGACUGGAAAGCUGACAAGGAUGAGCUUUUUGAUGGCGACUCAUGCCAAUGUGAGGAUGAUCCAGAUACACGCCAAGAGUUUUUUGAUGCAGAGGACAUGUCAAGUUUCAUUGAGAAUAUGUCACCUUUAAGUUUGAGUGAAGGAAACACAGUAGUAGCCAGCUACAGUCUUAGUGAUGGGCUCCAGGUGGUGGUGUGUGAGGGUGACAUCACCAGUCUGGAUGCUGACGUCCUGGUGAAUGCUGCUAAUGAGGAUUUGGACCACAGUGAAGGGGUUGCUGCUGCACUGAGUCAAGCAGGUGGUCCUGAUGUGCAGUGUGACAGUGAUGCUUUAGUGAAGCACAAUGGAAAAAUUCCUACAGGGGAAGUAGUAGUGACCACAGGCGGUAACUUGAAAUGCAAGAAACUUCUGCAUGCUGUGGGGCCAGUGGGUGGAGAAGCAGGAGGCAGAGAGAGAAUCUUACUGGAAAGAACUGUCCAACAUGCCCUUAAUUUAGCAGAAAUGAUGAAGUUCAAGUCCAUCGCCAUGCCGUGUAUCAGCUCAGGCGUGCAUGGUGUUCCUGUCACAGUGUGCUCUGAGGCUAUUGCAGCUGCUGUUAAAGAGUUUAGUAGUCGGCGUGAUCGCAGUCUGAGCACAAUAAUACUGAUAGAUGACAGAGGAAAGGUGGUGAGGGCCAUGCAGGAGGCGUGUGACAGGAUUCUUGAAGGGAUAAGUAACAGAAACAAUGUGGCAAGUGAUGUGGAGUUUCCGGUGGAUGCUGAUAGCCAAGAUGCAGAAAGACGAGCUGCUGCUGGAGCUGCUGCUGGAGCUCCUGGAGGCAGAAUCCGUGUAGAGAUUGUUCAGGGGACCAUUGAAACACAGCAGGUUGAUGCACUGGCAUCUCCAAUGGUCGGCAAUGAUCCCCUAUCGACCCGUGUUGGGAACAUUUUAAACAAGAUGGUUGGUUCUCAGAUGACCUCAUUGUUUAGAAAGGCAGGAGGAGAUGAAAGUGACCAUGGUGACUCGGUGCUGUUGGAGGGGUUGGCUGGACUUCCAUCUGAUGCAGUACUCUUCGUCAACCUCAUUCCCUGGAAUGAUGACCUAGAUGGAACUGCAGUGGAGGUUCUCAGACUGGGCAUCAACAACAUCCUGACUUCCUGUGAGGAGAGAGGGUUUGGAUCUGUCGCUCUGCCUGUACUCGGAGCUGGGAUUGCCCUGCGUUUUCCUGACAGUGUGGUAGCCAAGAUUUUACUGGAGCAGGUUCAUGCAUUUCAGCAGAACCGGGCCAGCAGCACACCGCUUGUGGUUCGCAUAGUUAUUCACCCUGACGAUGAAGAAGCCAGUGAGACCUUUAAAUCUGUCCAGGAAGCCUUGAAAGUAGAGCAAGACCAAUAUCAAGCACCGACUACAAAGAGGCUCAUCCUGCUGGGGAAAACUGGAAGUGGGAAAAGUCACCUGGGUAACACCAUAUUUGGAGAAGAUCUUUUCACUGCAUACCACUCUCCUAACUCUGGAACUACAGUAUGCCAGGCAGAGACCACGUCUGUCAAUGGAAGGAGCCUCACUUUGAUCGACACCCCUGGUUUCUUUGACACGGAGAAGUCUGAGGAGGAUCUAAAGCCUGAGAUAAUGAGUUGUAUGACAGAGUGCUCCCCUGGGCCCCAUGCUUUCCUCAUUGUACUGAAAGUGGACAAAUUCACACAGCAGGAGCAGGAAGUUGUCAGUAAAAUAUGCCAAUAUUUCUCAGAAGAUGCUUUAAAAUAUGCUGUGGUUGUCUUCACACAUGGGAACCAGCUGCCUGAAGGGAUGAAAAUUGAAGAGUUUGUCAGUCAGAACCAGAAGCUGAGUGAUCUAGUGGAGAGAUGUGGUGGCCGGUGCCAUGUUUUUGAUAGUAAAUACUGGAAAAACAAUGAGCCGGAUAAUUACAGGAGCAACUGUUUCCAGUUGGAGGCUUUACUCUGUACAAUAGAUGAGAUGGUGAUGGAAAAAAAUGGAGGCUACUACACCAAUGAUGUUCUGCAGAAUGUGGAGAAACAAAUACAGAAACAGGAGGAGCAAAUAAGAGAGUCAUCAGGAAACUUAUCCCCAGAUGAGAUCAGAAAACAGGCUAAAACCAAUGUCACUAAUGAACUUUUGAUCCAGUUGGCAGGGACGGCAACGGGAACUUUGCUGGGGGCCUUUUUUGGUGUAAGAGCCAUGAUUGAAGUUGUUAUAAGAACGGUGAGAAAUCCAUUGAAUAUAGUGAGGCUUGUGAAAAAUAUCCCAGCAUUGGCAAGGGCACCUGCAGCAGCUGCAGUAGAAGGACAGGUAGUACUAGCUGCUGGAGUGAUAGCCGGUGUGGGGGCGGCUACUGCAGGAGGGGUAAUGGGUGGUGUCAUCGGGUAUAAAGCAGCUGAGGGAGCAAAAUCACCAAUGGAGGCAGCAAAGAGGGCAUAUGAGGAUGUCUUAAAGAAAAGAAAAGGAAUGCUAAAUUAAAGAUGCGUUAAUGGAUGUUUAACACUAGAAAACCCAGAGAUUUCUUACCCCUCUACCAUGCCCAGAGUACAGCCAAAAGGCUGCCCGGUUUGAAAUUAACAAUUCAAUGGCCAACAAUUAGCACCUUUACAUUUGUAAAC